GUGUUUCGAGCUGAAUUAAUUGCCGAAAGCUGUGGAGAAGCAGAAGACUGAAGUAAGCUGAUCAAGCUGUGUGUGUGUGUGUGUCAGUAGGGGGCGCCUGUCCGCUCGUGGAGAGCGCCGGUGACGUCUCGCGCGCUCGCAGUGCAACAGAGUAUCGGAGCGAGACGCGGAGAGAGAGCAUGGGGCGCGCGGAUCGUCGGGAAUAAGAAACAUUUCCCAACACUUUCAAAAACUUUCUCAACUCGGCAGACAGAUAUGGAUACCAUCAUUUUGAGCAUAUUACUCCUGCAUACGGCGUUUGGAAGCGCAGGAGCCCAGUACACACCCGCUCAAAUGGGACAUGCGGAGAAAGGUGGAUGCACCUUCGAUGAUGGCCCCGCACAAUGCGACUACCAGCAGGAUCCUUACGACGACUUCGACUGGACACACGUCAGCGCUCAAGAAGUGCCAUACCUGCCCUCUGACCUGCCCCAGGGCUCGUACAUGAUGGUGGGCACCUCGCAGCACGAUUACGGAGAAAAGGCUCGCCUGCAGAUGCCCGUGAUGAAAGAAAACGACACUCACUGCAUCGACUUCAAUUAUCUCCUGUACUGCCCCGACGGCUCCAGCCCCGGGACGCUCAACAUCCUGGUGAAGGUCAAUAAAGGGCCGCUGGCCAAUCCCAUCUGGAACGUCACUUCCUGCACAGGCAAAGGCUGGAUGAAGGCGGAGCUCGCUGUCAGCACUUUUUGGCCCAAUGAGUAUCAGGUCAUAUUCGAGGCAGAGGUGACAAACGGCAGAAGAGGUUUCAUUGCCAUUGAUGAUAUCCAGGUGCUCAGUUACCCAUGCGAUAAAUCGCCUCACUUCCUGCGUUUGGGGGAUGUGGAGGUGAAUGCCGGACAAAACGCCACGUUCCAGUGCAUCGCCACUGUCCGUGAUGCCGUCAACAACAAACUCUGGCUGCAGCAGCGUAACGGAGAGGACAUUCCAGUGGCGGAGAAGAAAAACAUCAACCACAGGAAGUUUGCGGCCUCUUUCCGGCUGAGAGAAGUGAGCAGCCAGGACCAAGAUCUGUACCGCUGCGUCACCCAAUCAGAGAGAGGAUCUGGAGUCUCCAACUUUGCUGGGCUCAUCGUCAGAGAGCCCCCGAGACCCAUCGCUCCACCUCAGCUGCUGGGCGUCGGGCCCACAUACCUGCUAAUCCAGCUAAACGCUAACUCCAUAUUUGGGGACGGCCCCAUCAUCCUGAAGGAGGUGGAGUACAGGAUGACAUCUGGAAGCUGGACAGAGACCCACGCCGUCAACUCGCCCAAUUACAAGCUGUGGCACCUGGAUCCCGACACGGAGUACGAGAUCCGAGUGCUGCUGACCCGUCCAGGAGAGGGGGGAACCGGACAGCCUGGGCCGGCUCUCAUCACCAGAACCAAGUGUGCAGAACCCAUGCGGACCCCCAAGAGUCUGAAGAUCGCAGAGACGCAGGCACGCUUCAUCGCCGUGGACUGGGAGUCGCUGGGCUACAACAUCACCCGCUGCCACACCUUCAACGUCACCAUCUGCUACCACUACCACAAAACCAACCAGAGCAAAGCCGACUGCCUGGAGAUGGACCCCAAAGCCCCCCGACACGUGCUGGGCAACCUGCCUCCCAACACCAACGUCAGCCUGAAGAUGAUCCUCACCAACCCGGAGGGACGCAAAGAGAGCGACGAGACCGUCAUCCAGACGGAGGAGGAUGUGCCCGGUCCAGUUCCCAAGGAGUUUGUGAGAGCGACUCCGUCGGAGGAUAAGAUCUCACUGCAGUGGAAAGAGCCUCUGGAGCCCAACGGCAUUAUAACCCAGUAUGAGAUCAGCUACAGUAGCGUGCAUUCGUUCGACCCGUCAGUGGCGUUGCUGCGGCCGCCUGUUCUGGUGUCGUUACCGUGGAACACGUCGCGUCACAACUUCGCACAGCUGCAUCCAGGAACCACCUACCAGUUCCUGAUCCGGGCCAGUACCAGCAAGGGAUACGGACCCCCAACCACACUCAACGUCACCACCAACAUAUCAGCGCCUACUCUAGAGGAGUACGAUGGGUCGGAGGCGUCCCUGAACGAGACGGCCACUACCAUCACCGUCCUGCUGAAACCUGCCCAGGCUAAAGGAGCUCCUAUCAGCGCCUAUCAGAUCGUCGUGAAGGAGAUCAACCCACACCGUGCACGACGGGAGGCCGGCGGCGGGGAGUGUUACCGUGAGCCGGUGACCUAUCAGAACGCGGCCAGCGCCGGGCUGCCGUAUUACUUCGCGGCAGAGCUCCCUCCCAGGAAUCUCCCAGAACCGCUGCCGUUUACCGUGGGAGACAACAAGACGUACCACGGCUACUGGAACGCCCCCCUCGCGCCCCGCAAAAACUACAACAUCUACUUUCAGGCGGUCAGCAGCGUGGAGAAGGAAAGUAAAACGCAGUGUCUGAAACUGGCUUUUAAAGGGGCCACAGAGGAGCCGGAAGUGAUUCCAGACCCGGCCAAACAGACCGACCAAGUGGUGAAAAUUGCCGGCAUCAGCGCUGCCGUGCUGGUCUUCAUUCUCCUGGUGCUCGUGGCCAUCCUGCUGGUGAAGAAAAGGAAGCUCGCCAAGAAGCGCAAGGACGCCAUCGGAAACACCCGUCAGGAGAUGACGCACAUGGUCAACUCCAUGGAUCGCAGUUAUGCAGACCAGAGCACUCUGCAUGCCGAGGAGCCCAUGUCCGUCACCUUCAUGGACUCGCACAACUUCAGCAACCGCUUGCCUAAUGACCCUCUCGUGCCGACAGCUGUAUUAGUGCCUAUCACUGACGAGAACCACACAGCAGCGGCCGAGAACAGCAGACUGCUGGACAUCCCGCGCUAUCACUGCGAGGGCACCGAGUCGCCCUAUCAGACCGGACAGCUCCAUCCAGCCAUACGGGUGGCCGACCUGCUGCAGCACAUCAAUCUGAUGAAGACCUCCGACAGUUACGGCUUCAAGGAGGAGUAUGAGGUUAGACUGAUGACUGUGAGAAUGUGUCCUGUGUGGACAAACCCGCCCUGUCCACGAGACGGUGUACGACUUCUGGAGGAUGAUCUGGCAAGAGCAGUCGGCUUGUAUCGUGAUGGCCCUGUCCACGAGACGGUGUACGACUUCUGGAGGAUGAUCUGGCAAGAGCAGUCGGCUUGUAUCGUGAUGGUAACCAACCUAGUGGAGGUGGGCCGGGUGAAAUGUUAUAAGUACUGGCCAGAUGAUGCUGAAGUUUAUGGAGAUUUUAAAGUGACAUUUGUGGAGGUCGAGCCGCUCGCAGAAUACGUUGUCAGGACUUUCACUCUGGAGAGGAGGGGUUUUAAUGAGGUGCGAGAGGUAAAGCAGUUUCAUUUCACUGGCUGGCCCGAUCAUGGAGUACCGUAUCACGCUACAGGACUGUUGUCAUUUAUCAGACGAGUCAAGAUGUCCAACCCUCCCACCGCUGGGCCUAUCGUCGUCCACUGCAGUGCGGGAGCGGGCCGGACCGGAUGUUACAUCGUGAUUGACAUCAUGCUGGACAUGGCAGAGAGAGAAGGGGUGGUGGACAUCUACAACUGCGUCAAAGCUCUGCGCUCCAGACGAAUCAACAUGGUUCAGACUGAGGAGCAGUACAUUUUCAUCCACGAUGCCAUCCUGGAGGCGUGUUUGUGUGGCGAGACGGCGAUUCCCGUGUGCGAGUUCAAAGCCGCGUACUACGACAUGAUCCGCAUCGACUCUCAGAGCAAUUCCUCUCACCUCAAAGACGAAUUCCAGACGCUGAACUCAGUGACUCCUCAGCCGCAGCCUGAAGAUUGCAGCAUUGCACUCCUUCCUCGAAAUCACGACAAGAACCGUUUCAUGGACAACCUCCCGCCCGACCGCUGCCUGCCCUUCCUCAUCACCAUCGACGGAGAGAGCAGCAACUACAUCAAUGCAGCGCUCAUGGAUAGCUACAGGCAGCCGGCCGCGUUCAUCGUGACCCAGCAUCCGUUACCCAACACCGUCAAGGACUUCUGGAGGCUGGUGUAUGAUUAUGGAUGCACCUCCAUCGUCAUGCUAAACGAGAUCGAUUUGGCUCAGGGUUGUCCUCAGUACUGGCCGGAGGAGGGAAUGCUAAGAUACGGCCCUGUACAGGUGGACUGCAUAUCCUGCUCUAUGGACUGUGACGUCAUUAGUCGUCUUUUCAGGAUAUGCAACCUGACCAGGCCUCAGGAAGGUUACCUGAUGGUCCGUCAGUUCCAGUACCUGGGAUGGGCGGGUCAUAGGGAAGUUCCCGCCUCCAAGCGCUCGUUCCUCAAGCUGAUCCUCCAGGUGGACAAAUGGCAGGAGGAAUGUGAGGAAGGCGAUGGACGCACUAUUAUACACUGUCUGUGAGUACAGACGCAGCUGUUCAUGCAUUAAUCAGU